AUGGGUGAUCCAGUGAAUGAAGUUCAUCCGGCUCCUAAUACUGUGUCUACUGAGAAUGCUUCCAUAGAAUUGCAAACAGUAGCCAAUGAAAGAAAAAAAAGAAAGAGGACUUCUGAUGUAUGGAAUGAUUCUGUCGAGGUUGAUAGGGAUGAGGUUAAACAGCCUCAAUGUAAAUGGUGUAAAACCUUGUUUAAAGCUUCUCGAUCAAGUUCUACGACUACUCUACGUAGGCACUUACUAACCUAUUUGCCAUACAUGGGGUCUAAGAAAAAACAAAAAGUCUUAGCAGUUGAGUCUAAGGAGGUAGAUGGAAACUUCACUGUCUCAAACUUUACCUAUGAUCGUGGUAGGGUCCCAGAGCUUGCUGCUCAUAUGAUACUUUACCAUGAAUAUCCAUUCUCUAUGAUGGAGCAUGUGGUAUUUAAUAAAUUCAUGAGUGCAAACACUCCAUAUUGGGAAAAAAUGUCACGGGCUCUUGCAAAGAAAGAAUGUAUGAGAACUUAUGAGAAUGAAAAGGCUAAGUUAAGGACUUUGCUUAAACAUGUGAAUAAAGUUCAUAUCACAACUGACAUGUGGACUUCCUGUCAAAAACUUUCAUAUAUGGUAGUGACAGUUCAUUUUAUAGAUGCUGAUUGGCAUCUUCAACGGCGUGUGUUCAACUUUUGUAAUGUGCCACCUCCACAUACUGGCCUUCUUAUUGCUGAUGCUUUAGAAAAGUGUUUCCAAACUUGGGGGAUUGAGAAUAAAAUUAGUUCAAUUACUGUCGACAAUGCUAGUUCUAAUGAUGUUGCCAUUCGGAUCUUGAAAGAAGAUUUUAGGUUGAAAAGAACAUUGACUGUAGGUGGGAAACUAUUUCAUGUACGUUGUUGUGCACAUAUAACAAAUUUACUUGUACAAUAUGGAUUGGGGGAGAUUAGGGAUAUUGUUGAUUGUGUAAGAGAUGGUAUAAAAUAUUUGGUAGCAUUAGAGAAUAGGCUAAAACAGUUUAGUGAAAUUGCAAAACAGUUGCAAUUGCCUUCAAAGAAACUGAUUUUAGAUGUGCCUACAAGAUGGAACAGCACUUAUUUAAUGUUGGAUGCUGCAAUUCAGUUCAAAGAAGUUUUCCCUAGAUAUGGUGAUAGAGAUAGAUGUUUUGAAUGGGUUCCAACUGUUGAAGAGUGGGGGCAAGUUGAAAAUGUUUGUCAACUACUAGCUAUUUUCAAUGAAGUCACCAAUAUUGUAUCCGGAAGUGAUUACCCAAUAGCAAACUUAUUUCUUUCGGAAGUUUGGAGAAUGAAGGACAUCUUAGGUAAGAAGAGUAGAGAUGAGAAUGAGUACAUGAAAUCAAUGGUAAGGAAAAUGAGUGCUAAGUUUGACAAAUAUUGGGGGGAGUGUAAUCUAUUGAUGUCAAUUGCUGCAGUCUUAAACCCUAGAUUCAAAAUGGUCCUGAUCCAGUUUUGUUUUCCUUUAAUUUAUCACAUGCCGGAUGCUGCUAAGAAUAUUGAUCAUGUCUCUCAAGUGUUGCAUGAGUUAUAUCAUGAGUAUGUUCAUGAAUACAAUUCAACUCUUGAGGCACAAAGAGAGCAGGAUAAUGCUCGAAUGAAUGUAUCUGGUUCUUCCUCAAGUGUCGGGACUGGGAGAAGCAUGCAGAGUGGCCAGUCAUUAUUUAAAUCUUUUGUUAGGAGUGUUGAUACCGUGCAGCCUAGUAAAUCAGAACUGGACAAUUAUUUAGAGGAGAGUAUAUAUAUAUAUAUCUGUGAAGAGGGUUCAGAUGCAAGUUUCGAUGCCUUGGAUUGGUGGAAAACAAAUAGUCUCAAAUUUCGGACUUUGUCCAAAUUGGCCCGAGAUAUAUUAGCUACCCCAAUUACCACAGUUAGCUCAGAAUCAACAUUCAGCGCAGGAGGCAGAGUCAUUGAUCCUCAUCGAGCGUCAUUGUCAACUGAAACUGUCCAGAUGUUGUUAUGUGGGUCUGAUUGGGUUAGAGCAUUAUAUGGGCUUAAAAGAUCAUCAAGCAAUUCUAAAAAUGCCAAGGUCUCACAACAGAUGAGAGAGCCAAGUAAGCUCAGCUUUAGCACUGGAUUGAGCCACUAUGGUUUGCUUCUCGACACUCCACAAAAUGCAAUUGCCACCAAGAAAGAUAUAAAAACCAGUCGUACAAUGACGCAUGAAGGGGCACCUUACCCAGUCUGCAUCAAAGAAACCAUAGAGAUCAAGACUGCUGUUGGAGUGGAGAUAAUGACCCACGUUGGCAGUACCCUUAAGAGGGAUGGAGGUGGCAAUAGGCUUGCAAUCAUACAUUUGAAAAUGAGUCAGAAGUUCAAGAGCAAAUCAAUGCUAAGUGAGAAACAUGUUAGGACCAAGUCUGUGCACUUCAAUAUCGAGAAAGUGGUGGAGGUGACCAAGAUCCUUGAUGGAGAAUUGAUGACCCAAUUGCUGAAUGAGCCACUCUAUUUGAGUGGAACUAGUGCAUGUGACCACCAUAUCGUAAACAUAGGAGGUUCAACCAUGAUGCUUUUUGGUGAAGACAAUGGACUUAGGAAUAUCGGGAAUGGUAGAAAUAGUGUGCAGAUUGGCAUAUCUGGGUUUGGGCUUUCAAAUUCCUAUUUGUGA